GCACUAUAUUGGCUGUAUAUUAAUGCCUCUCGUUUUGUUUGCGUUGCGUGCGCCUCUAGUGACCGCAGUUGGAACUAGUUAUCAAUAUCAGCUGUUAGGCCGCCUACGCCUCCGCAACACGGCCUGUAUGCGCAAUAUGCGCUUAUCUCUUUUCCGCUUGCGGCAGAGACAUCGAUCGUUCGCGCCGCGCUUUCUCCAGCCAGUGUGAUCGCCUCCGCGGGCAGUCCGUGUGACGGCGUGUCAGGCAGUGCGCCUGUGCUGCGCGUUAUCGAUCCGCCAUCGGCGCCGCAUUGCCGUACAUUCCGGAGGCGGUGCCUCGCCUAGUUUUCGUCGAUCGUCGUGGUCUUUGACGUGGCGGGCGCGUGUCGGCGUCGGCGGCGGCCCGGGCGGCCCUGCGCAGUAGCGCGGCGAGGAGCGCGGGAGCGAGCGACCUUCCUCCGCCAAAACCGGCUCGCGGUCCGCGGCGGAGGCACGGCUGUGAUGUAGCCGCGGCCCGCGCUAGCGGCCUUCGGACAAAGGAUCCGCGCCACUAGAGGCACUUUUCGCGAUGAAGAAGUUCACGUUCAAGGGGGUGCUGGACGGGUUCCGCAGCAGCGUGCAGGCGGCGCCGCGCGGGACCGAGCAGGAGAUCCAGGAGACUCUACGCUCCGACCACUUCCAGAUCAAAAAGACAUUCCGACACGGUUUCCCAUUCUCGCCAACCGCGCUAGCAUGGGACCCCAUACAGAAGCUGCUCGCCAUAGGCGACAAGAGCGGCAACCUCAGAAUUCUAGGCGGCCCCGGCGUCGACGCGCACGCACGGCACGAGGCCGGCGAGGCCGUGGUCCGAGCACAGUUCCUCGUCAACGAGGGCGCGUUGGUCACAGCUACUGCUGACGAUCAGCUCCACCUGUGGACGUUUAGACAGAAGAGCCCGCAGCGAGUACAGAGCCUCAAGUUUCAGAGAGAGAGAAUCACGUGUCUGCACUUACCGCUGCAGUCAAAAUGGGUGCACGUGGGCACGGAACGCGGCAACGUGCACGUGGUCAACAUAGAGACGUUCGCGCUGAGCGGCUACGUCAUCAACUGGAACAAGGCCAUCGAGGUGUGAGUA